CAAUUCGACGCUUUAAUCAAAAUACAAAUACUUGAGCAUUAUUUUUGUUGUUACAUGUGAAUUACUGUAUAACCUUGUAGUUUUGUUGAAAAAUUACGCUAAGUUUUUAAAGAAUCAAGCAAAUGUUUAUAUAGAUAGAAUGGAGGUCGACAGCAAAGUAUUCGCAUCGAAUAUCCUAAGAGCAAAUAAUAAUUUACAAAAUAAUUUGUAUGAUUUAUUAGAGAUUGAGCCAGCUCAACCUGUACCUGAGAGUACUACAAUUAUUGAUGUUACAUGUAGUUUUGUGCCCAAAAAUGAUAAAUACUACGUGCCGAAAAAGAAACUUAAAUUAAAAGUAAAAACGGUUCGGCAGAUCAGGGAAAUGUUUGAAAAAGAUGUUUAUACUUACUUACCUGGAGAUUUGGAAAAGCAACGGAAUAUAUUGUUUCGAAAAAUUAGAUGUGGAUCGUCAAGAGAAGAUAAUACAAAGAAAAUGGUGAUAAACAUGUUAUCAAACGGUAGUCCUAUAUCCAGAGAUAUUUGGCAGAUGAUGAUGAAUUUAAAUCCGUUAGGUCAAAAGCAUGUAACACAAUACGUUCGAUGGAAUGGAAGAAACGUUCAGAUUUGUGGGAGUCGAGGAGGUAAAAAUGAAUUCCUUUGUAAAUUCGAUAUUGGGAAUCUUAAAUACAGACCCAAUAAGAGAAUACAGAAAAGACACUUGGGGUUCCCAAAAAAAAAUCUUCUUCGUGACUCUUUAAUUGUUAACUUUAAACCUGGACCGUUAUCAAAAAAGAAGUAUCUCGAUAAUUCCUUCCAAAAAUUUCAAUUUGGUAGUGCAAUAACCGCAAAAUUGCCAAUGCCAGUUUUAGAUAUAGAACCCAUUCUUGGCGUAUCAUUAGACCCUGUAAUGAAUAAGUUUGUAUGUAAGAAUUUUAUGCAAGAUACAAAUGGCAAAAUAUCCGAUAAAUGGGCUGAGUUUGCAACUUGCACUUUAGGUGAGCAAACUAAAGGCGGAAAAAUUAAUCAAAAACAUAAGGAUUGCAUUACUUUUAAUUUAGACUAUGCCUGUCACCAAAACAAUGUAUUAGCACGUAGAAAUACCGCAUACAAUGAAAGUUUUGUUGAAAAUAAUGUUACUCCUUCUAAUAAUUGUCCAGAUGAUUUGCUUAUACUAUCUGAGGUAAAAACAAUGUUGAAAAAAAUUAUCGACUCAGUAGAAAUAAGUCUGAAUCAGAAUUAUAUGUUUCUGCCAAGUGACGACGCAAUCAUUGACACUGAAUCUAAGCACACUAACUUAAAUAAUAUAUCGACAAAAGAGAAAAAUAAGAAGAGAUGUUAUGGAGAAUUAGAACGACUUGAUGUUACCGUUAUUAAAUUAACCCAACCAGGCGAAAUUUUAAAUACAACUUAUAACAUCAACUGUCAAAAGCCACACUGCUUAUUAGGAUGUAUUUGUGAAUCGUUAGAUUUUGGAUUUAAAUUAAGAUCUCACUGUGGUCAGAUACAGUGUAUGUUCCAAUGUCAGUGUAAAUUUUCCAAAAUCGUGGAAUCACUUUCUGACGGCAGUAAGCAUAUAAUGGAUGACCUAAUUCAUUUAGAUAAUAAUAAUAAGUUGGGAUUAGCUAAAGAAGAGCAAAAAUUUCGCCAGACAGUUAUACUAUCAGGUGAUAAAAGCAUGUUUAUAAAAUCACAGAGAAGAGAAUUGAAACCUUGCAAAAGAUAUGAAGAUUUUUACACGAAUAAAAAGAUCACUAAUGUUGAAGAAAAAUUGGAAAAAAAAAUAACUAUCACCGUCCCGAAACUUAGCUUAGACAAUGUUGAACCUUGGUGUAUGAUUCAUAAUCUGUACAAAUGUUUUUGCAAAGGAAAAUUCACAGAAUGUGCCAUGUCUAAAGAAGAGGAAAUUUUGGCGGCAGAUAGCUGUAUAUUAAACAUUGAUUUAAAUGAAUUAAGUAAUCUCAAGAACCAUGAAUUAGAACUAAGUAAGCCAAUGAAGACAUGCGAAAACUCUCGUGUUGGCGAAUUAGCCAGUAAACUUUGUCUACUCACAGAAACGGAAGAUAAUGAAUGGAGUACGUGUGCCAGAGUGCGAACUUACUAUAGACUGUUUUCCCCUUCAUAUUAUGCUGUAACAAAUAGAAAAAUUGCCGAAAUGGAGAAAAAUGACAAAAGCCUGCAAAAAAAAUUACUAAGAGUACAGGGUUUACGAAUUGACAAUAAAGAUUGUACGAAAUAUACGGGCUGUGAAGACAACCAGCAAGAAAUAAAUAUAAAUAACAUCGAAAAUGACAUGGAUGAAGACUUAUCCACUGAUGUGGUUGCAUACAAUAUGAUAGGUUCAUUAAAAAACAUUAAGGACACGUUUCCUAAACCUUCACCAGCAUCUACCAAUUUAUUUAAAGAUCCCAAGGUAGUAGCAUGGCUAGGAGCUGCUUACAAGCAAUACAAAGAGCAAAUGAAACAAGGAAUAAUAAAAACUUCUUUAGAACCACCUCAGCUAGACAAACCCGCACUUCUACCAUGGGACUUUAUUUUGAAUAGGUAUAGAGAGAAAAAAAAUUUGUUUUUGAUUUCCAAAGUGAAACCUUAUCGUACUUUCAUCGCGGUUAGUACAAAACACCCUUUUUUUAAUAACUGUAUGAAUAUAAAUGAUAUAAAUAUAAGUGAGUUACAAAAUUAUCCAAAUACAGUUAGAAACUUGCUUACAAAUGAAACAGAACUUAAAGACAGUUUUUGUAUUUUAUUUGGUUUGUCUUAUUGUUGGGAGCUAAUUGCAUCCCUCACUUACAAUCGUCACAAAAGAAAUGCACUUUACCGCAAUGAUGAUAGUAUAGCAACAGAAUCUGAAGAAUCUUGUAGCAGUGCGUUCAUGAGUGAGGAGAAUCAAAAUAUCGAUUCUGAAAAUAUUUUGACAGCAUUGGAUAAUACUAAGCGUACAACUAUUACUGAACCUGUCAUUACUAUUGGAGAUGAUUCUAAUAUUUCUAAGUGGUUUAUUAUGACCGUAGAAAAUGAUUUCAGUGAAAUACACUUUUAUAAAAAAGGAUUUUUUGUAAAAUAUGAUAGCGUUUUAAGGGCUAUACAUGUUUCACGGGUAUCAGAAAAAACUGUGCGACUCUCGUCUCAAAUGAGUAGGAUCAAUUUAAAUGAUCCACAGUUUGGGAUAUAUGCAAUUCCUAACAUGAUGGAGCAAAAUGUUUUUAUUGGUCCGUAUGAGAAAGAUGAACCACUUGGAGUAGAAACAAUAAAGUUAACUUCUGUUCAAUGUACGAAUAAAACAAGAGGCGUUUGGAUCACCGUAGAUAAGGUAGACAAUGUCAAAAUUAUUGACCAGCCACUCUCUUUAUUGCCCGCAAACCUGAUUACACAAGAAACAAUUCCUUUGGAAAGUGAUGCACCUUACAAAACUAUAGAAAUCAAGACAUCAGGAACAAGUAGCUGUGCUCAAUCAAGUAUUGCGAAUAGGCCAAUAGAUCCAAAAAUUGUAAAACCAAUAAAAAUUCAAAGGUCAUCGACGUUCUAUCCUACUAGUUUUCUUUCUUUGCAAACAUCAAAAUCUCAGGAAUUAGACACGGUUUCGCUUAAACAUAGUCAAAUUAAAUCACAUAUUAAUAUUCAACAAAUAAUUACUGAUAAAUCUAGAUCACUGAAAUCAAACAAAACAAGGUCCUCAUUGAAUAAACCUAUUGCUGAAAUUGCUCCGCAAGUUAAAACUGUCCUGGAAAGUGAAAGCCCACAGCUAAGACCAUCAAGUAGUAGAAUGGAAAAGGGUAUGUUCAUAUUAAAACCGGAAGAAAUCAACAGAAAAUCGUUUUUCGAAGAACAAUCACAAUCACUCUUGAAAAACGAUGAUCUUGCAAUGGACAUAGAAAAUUUUCUCGUCAAUAGUGAUGUAUGUAAGCCUCCAGAGUCAGAUAUCUGCAUUAUCUCAGAUGAUGACGAUGACGUUAAAGAUGUCUGGGUGCAAUCAAAAAACAUACAAAAGCUGGGUUGGAUCCCAGGAAAACAAAGGGAAGACGGCUCGCUAAGUUUUAAAUUUCCUGGAUUUCAAUUUACUCAAUUCUAUACAGAAGAGGAAGCUUUCAAUAAAAUCAGUCUUGUAUUCACAAGGAAGGUGUAUGUCCCUAAAAAUAUUAAUUUUGAAUGGGAAGUUGUUCAAAGUCGAGGUGAGCUGUUAAAUAAAAACGCGUUGCAGUCAAGCGACUUAUGCCCUGAUCUCAUAAUGACUAGCCGUGGACUGAAGCAUAAAAGCGACGUCAUAAAUUGUUUAAAAAGAAAACAAAAAUUAGAGGAACCUGAGAAAAAUACAUCAACUGAGAUGGAAAAGAGACAAAAAAUUAUGGAUGACUUAGAUGACUUCAGCAAUUUAUUAGAAGAAGAAAGCAAUUUCCUUUUGAACAAGACUGUGAACAGUGAUACCAAUCUUAUAAAUGCAUUAUCCGUAGUUGAAGGCCAUCGUAGGCGGGAAAUGUCUGAAAGAUUGUCGACUCUUUUAUCUGAUUCGACGUGAGUAGUUUAUGGUGAAAUAACAUUUCCUCUAAUACGCGCAAUAUUUUGUACCUUAUUUUUAUUGAUUGUUCGUUAUAUAUAGGUCCAUACUUGUUGUAUGUAUGUAUGCUUUUGUAUAUAAUUAUAAUUUUAUCACCUUGAGUGCGUUUUGAGUAGGAGGAGUGACGAUUUGUGAAAAUAAAUCCAGUCUGCAAUUAAUCUGUCUAAUCUUAAUAACGUUUGCGAUUUGAUCUCAUUUUACUAAUUGAGCAAGAAAGACAAAUACCGCGGUAGUAAUAUUAUGCUACUUAUAUGUGUACUUUGUUAUAAUAUAUAAAGAUGUAUAAAUAAAGGUCUGCCUCACAUAUAUACGUCGCUAAUUAAGACCAUUUUGUAUAAUAUGUUUUUGUACCUACUACAAAAAUGUGAUCGAUGAUAGAUAGUUCUUUCUAUUCGAUAUUGUUGAAUCUUGCUAAUUUUCGUCGAAAGACUGCGAGUGAUAGUCUCUAUUUUUCUAUUUUUUGUUUCAUUAUUGGACACAACGGGUCGUAACUUGAGUUUUCAAUUAAAUUAUCAAAAUCUGUUUGUUUAUGUCCAUAUUCAAGAAAUUUUUCAAGCGUAAUAACGUCAGGAACCUAACAAUUGUAACAGAUACCUAUUAUUCGAUUUUAGCACGAGCAUAUAAUUUUUUAGGUGGACAUUUUUUGGUUUUGUAAAUGAGUUUGGGACAGUUAAAAUAUUGUAACAUUUUCAAAGACUGAUUUAAAUCAUUAGCGUUUCUUGAUAUUGGUUGGAAAACGUAAGACUAAUAAUUAUUUUACGAUUUUAGUUAUCUAUACAUAAUAAUAAGGUAGUUAUAGCUAUGUUACUAUUAGAUCGUAUUAAACUUAGAAUAUAAGGUGUGAGGCAUAAGGGAGGUACUAACAUAUAAAAAGCCAGUUUCAGAGUAUUAUGAUUUUGUAUUCAGUCAUACUGUGAUAUUAUUUUAAAAUUGUC